AAUUUGAGCUCAGCCGUCGUGGGUUACACAGUCACAGUGGGAGGACGGUCCUGGUGUCUGUCGUCAGGGCGAAGGAAGGAUUCUAGACUCUUUGGCGAGAUCUCGCUCAUCCAAAACCUGGAUUUUUCAAUCUAAAAAAAACAAACACACAUUCACUUAGAUUUUUUUCUUUUCCGACCUUUUUGUGUUUAGAAUAUCGAACCGUAAUAAAAAUGGGAGCCCACAUGUCUAAGGGAGACGUAGCUGUUGAGGGGAAUGUCUCCGCCGACGUUGCUGCCGCCAAAGCCAACGGCCAGGAAAAUGGCCAUGUCAAGACCAACGGUGAUGUAUCCGCCAAGCCUGACGGGGAUGUCGCCGCUGCAGACGGCAAUGGCACAGCUGAACCAGCUAAGGAGGGAGAGGCCGGUGCUGGGGAUGCCAUUGAGCCUGCUCCUGCGGUGGACGGCGAGGCCGCCAAGACUGAGGUCGAGGCCCCCAAGGACGCAAAAAAGAAGAAGAAGUUCUCCCUGAAGAACUCCUUCAAAUUCAAGGGUAUCUCACUGAAGAAAAGUAAGAAAGGCAGCGAGGAGGCCAAGGAGGAGACCACCUCCCCUGCAGGCGAGGCGAAGCCCGAGGAGAAUGGCCACACGGCCACGGAAGCCAAAGAUGAGACGCCAGCCAAUGAGGCCAAGGAGGGCGAGACCGUCGCUGCUCCAGAGGGAGAGACCAAGGACGCCGAGGAGGCCGCUCCAACCACAGAGGCCGCUCCCGCCGAGGAGGCAGCUCCUGCCGCUGCCCCCGCUGAGGAAACGACACCCGCUGCCCCCGAGGGCGACGCCAGUGCGGAGUGAUUGCACCAUCAGCGAAUGAACUAAUUUUCCAAGAUUAAAGUAUAUAAAUAUAUAUGAGAGACUCAUGCCACGUUCUUCAAGUUAUACAACAAAACUACAAAAGAAGACAAAGGAUAUAUCACAUCUGCUGAUUCAACCACCACUUCACUUGCCUCUUUUUUUUUUUAAUCAGUCCUUGACAGACGGAAUCUCACCGGGCCCUCAAUUUGAUGAAAGUGUCUCCCCCUUAUGGUACACACAGGGAGUGGCAUGUGGAGAAGGUAAUGAACUGAAUGUGGAGCAAAUCAGGAAUAUAGUACAGACUCCCCCCCCCCCCCCCCCUGCCCAAUUCAUGGAGUCAUCCUUCAAAGUGGCAACCAUGUUUUUUCUUCUCAUUUUUUGGGAUCUAACGACUGCCAUUGCUGCAAAGCAAGACAUACCAGCUCCUCUAUUUGAAAUGACUUAAAUGGACGCAUAAACUUUUCAUAUGAUCUUAAUUUUUAGAACUAUACAUUCCUACGUUUUGCCCACAAAUUUCAAAUAUUUUGUCAUGUAAAAGGAGAAGAAUGAUGGGGAGGUGGGAUAAAACCAGUGUUUUUUUUUUUUGUGCAUUUUGAUUUCUUUUCAGACUAAAGUCCCCAUUCAAGUUUCUUGAGUAUUGCAGUGUUCACAUUUCAGAGUUUAUGAUGCAGGAGUUGGGAUUGUGUACAAAAUGUGAGCUUUUUAUCUGCAAAACUUCUCUGUAAAUAUGUUUUGGCCAAUGUUUUUGGUUCUCUUUAUUUUGCUAUCGUUUUGAAGAUGUUAAUGGUUUUAUUGUAACUUUUAAUAAGGGUAAAAUAAAUGUUUGAUCCCCA